CCAACUGGUACUAUUGUAGUACAAAUCUACAGCGCCCAGUCACUGUUUCUUUGUAUCUAUCCUUGCCCCUCUUUAUCAAAUAUAAUACGAGUAUGUUGGUCCCGAAUCAUUAUUCAUACUAAAGUCACAUAUAUUCAAGUAUAUUGUAUCGGAAUCCAUGAAUAUGCCUGUUUUGCUUCUUCCAAACGGCAUUCCAUCGCUCUGCUCUCUGGGUGUCUUUUCUCAGUGAGCACUAACCCAGUGGCCAGUGUGUGUCCUCUGUUUUGCUUCCUUACAGUUUGAAGAGUUGAAUCUUUUGUGGGUUUGAUUGGUAGUGGUGUUAGUAUUGUAAUAUGGAGAGAAAGCAGGGGUUUUUUGCGACAUUGAAGAAAGAGCGGUGAGGGGUUUGUCCCCGGGAAGGUCUAGGGGGAGGAGUCAAUCACCAGUGUCUGGUUGGCUUCGGAGGAAAGGUGGACAUGUGACGCAACCCGAGCCGUUGGUUUUGAGGUCCGGGAGUGUGAGGCCUGGGAUGGAGACUUUGUCGCCGUUGAUGGAAGGUCCGGAUCCGGACGGAACGGACGGUGGUGAUUCGAAAAUGGACAGGUUGGGUCACUGGAUGAAGGGCCAGCUUUGUCGGGCACCGUCUGUUUCGACUUCCGGGUCGGUCUACCAAAGGUCCGAUCUGAGGUUGCUGCUUGGUGUUCUGGGUGCUCCGUUGUCUCCGGUGCACGUUAGCAACAAUGACCCUCUUCCUCACCUCUGUAUCAAAGACACUCCCAUUGAAACUUCAUCUGCUCAGUACAUAUUGCAGCAGUACACGGCGGCUUCGGGCGGACAAAAACUACAAAACUCAGUUCACAAUGCUUAUGCUAUGGGAAAGGUCAAAAUGUUAGCUUGUGACAUUGAGACGGCUACAAAGGUCAUAAAGAGCAGGAAUUCUUCCAAAGCAGCGGAAUCAGGUGGCUUUGUGCUCUGGCAGAUGAAUCCAGACAUGUGGUAUGUGGAGCUUGCGCUUGGUGGCAGCAAAGUACAUGCCGGUUGCAAUGGGAAGCUUGUGUGGAGGCACACACCAUGGCUUGGUGCACAUGCUGCGAAAGGGCCAGUCAGACCCUUACGUCGUGCACUUCAGGGUCUUGACCCAAGGACCACUGCAAGCAUGUUUACUAAUGCAAAAUGCACUGGAGAAAAGAAGAUCAACGGAGAGGAUUGCUUUAUUCUCAAGCUUUGUGCUGAUCCACACACAUUGAAAUCCAGGAGUGAAGGGCCGGCAGAGAUCAUAAGGCACGUUUUGUUUGGAUAUUUCAGCCAGAAAACAGGGCUUCUUUUACACUUGGAAGACUCCCAUUUAACCCGCAUCCAAAGCAAUGGUGGUGAUGCUGUUUAUUGGGAGACCACAAUCAAUUCAUUCCUCGAUGAUUACAGACCCGUUGAGGGGAUCAUGAUCGCUCACUCUGGUCGAUCAGUAGUAACACUCUUCAGGUUUGGAGAAACAGCUAUGAGUCACACGAAGACCAGAAUGGAAGAAGCAUGGACAAUUGAGGAAGUGGCAUUCAAUGUUCCUGGCCUAUCAGUAGACUGUUUCAUUCCUCCUGCUGAACUAAGAUUCGGUUCCAUCAGCGAAGCAUCUGAGCUCCCUCAAGGAGAGAGUGUAAAGUCUGCUGUGGUAGCUGCAGCAGCAGCAGCAACUUAUCGAGCCAAAGUUGCAUCUGUGGAGAAAUCACAUGACAACAAUGUUAAUAACAUCAUUUUGAAGAUGGAUAUUUGAGAAACGAGGCAAGUUUGGUGGCAAAUCUUCGGGGUAAUAGGCUAGCUUCUUGGUAUAAAUAGACUCACAAAUUUUAGUCAAAUUAGUGAGGUAAGUACUCAAUCGAUUGAGACGUUUCAAAGUACUUCAAUCUGUAAAUAUUCACUAAAUAGUUCUCUUAAUAGAGUUGGGGUAUUUCUUGUUGGAUGGGGAGGUAAUUAAGGUUUGUUUUCCUUAAAUUGUCUCUCAUACAUAAGUUUGGUGUAACCAUGACAUUUACUUUGUCAAUGAGUGCUGCUAAUAAUAAAGGUGUAAGCAUAUGAUAGUGUUCUAUCACAGGAGAAAAUACAUCAAGAAUGGUGUCUGCUUG